AUGGCUGGUGAUGAGAUGGCUGGUGAUGAGAUGGCUGGUGAUGAGAUGGCUGGUGGUGAGAUGGCUGGUGAUGAGAUGGCUGGUGAUGAGAUGGCUGGUGAUGAGAUGGCUGCAGGUGAGAUGGCUGCAGGUGAGAUGGCUGCAGGUGAGAUGGCUGCAGAGAGACCUAUCAAGCGUGGAUUGGACCAGAACACCCUGCCUGGUGGUAUCCCUGCACGAGCCCUGAAGGACUUAUCAGCCGUGGAUCGCACCAAAACACCCUGGCUGGUGGUGUCUCUGCACGAGCCCUGGUACCACUCCAACAGCGAUCAUCAGACAGACGGACAGGAUAUGAGGAAGGCCCUGGAAGAGACGCUGUAUGCCGCCCGCGUUGACAUUCUGAUCACCGGCCACGUGCAUGCGUACGAACGAACGACCCGUGUGUACAACGGUCAGGAGGACCCUUGUGGGAUCAUGCACAUCACCGUUGGGAGCGGCGGAAAGGAUCUAUACCCUAGGUAUGUCAGUUUUUCUAUCGACUAA